AUGAACUCUCCAACAAAUUCUGAAGUGCAAAACACUUCAAGCUCCACUCCCCUCACGCCCAGAGUCUCUGAACUCAAACAAAUUUGGGAAGAAACCAUCCGAAAACAUGAAGAAAGUGUCAAGUCAGCAUCAUUCAAGAUACAUUCGGUCGCUUGCUUGACCAAUAAUGUUGAUAUUAAUAAUAAUAAUAAUACUAGCACUACCUCUACCACUCCCAACAACAACCCGAUCCUCAUCAAUGGCUCCAAAAGUAGUUCCACCACAUCACACACUCCUCCUUCUUCCACAUCCUCAUCGAUCACCGCCAGCAUUUCCAACAUGAAUCGCAACAUGCGAGAAUUUUCGCAAUCCAUUUCUUCUUCUUCCCUAACGAAUAGUGAUGAUGAUCAUUCUUUCACAACCAUCACAACCACCACCACACCAUCCUCAUCUUCUUCUUCUGCAUCAAUAACAACCUCCACAACCUUACGUAAAGCUCCAUUACUCAUUUCAUCCAGCAAGGAUGAUCAUGACAAACACAAAUAUUUGUCGAAUUCGUCCAUUCAAAGUUUGAUUUCAGUAGUGAAUCCUUCUGAAAUUGUACGUCAACAACAACAUCACAACAAGCAUCAUGUAAGCCCUUCGAAAGUGAGUCAAACCAUUCUAAAAUUCACAAACAUGUUUCAGAAAGCUUCUGCUGCUUCAUUCUCGAGUAGUAGUCCUUCGAUGGUCUUCCAUCAAAAGAAUGGAAAUUUGAACUCGAGUGCUGUUGUUGAGAGAAGAUCAUUUUCACAUUUUCAUUCAUCGAGUCCAUCGAGUCCUCAAUUACAGGGUGACUAUUUAAAACAAAUGAAUCACAACAAUGAGAAAUCAACAAACGUAGCAGCUGUAGGAGGAGGAGAUGCACAACAACAUGUAAAUAGUAAUAGGCUGAACACGGCCAAAUUGGAUUUGAACACAUUGGAUUCAAACCCAACAACAACAAUUGAAUCCAAACAAGAAAAGCAACACCCGAUAGAAACUCCAACUAGUUUGGAAAAGAGUGAAAUUCAAAAAAGGACUCUUCUCAAGGACAAUGUUCAUUUGAAACUCACUCCAGCUUCGACAUGUUCAUCGGAAUGCUCUUCUCGAAUGUCAUCUCCUGAACUCGCUCAAAGUUUUGAUCAAAUUUCAAAAGAUGUUCCAUCAAUGAUGGAUCGAAUUGAGAUCAAAGAAGUGGUAAGCCAUCACGAUGCAAUAACCACUCUUUCAACACAAUCAACAACGACAUCUGUGAAAUCGAUCACUCCUCCAACAAUCGAAAUUCCAUCUCAAUCAAAACAAGACAGGAUUGAAUUUCCACAAAAUAAUAGUCAUGCAGUAAUAACAACAAGAACUGAGGAGAAACUUCCACCACGAUUAGUGAAAACAGUUCCAACUCCAGAGAAGGCCAGUCAAAAGACUGUAGAAAUUACACCUCACCGACAAAUAACUGUCAAACUUCUUUAUCAAGAAGAAAAUCUCACUCUCGCAAGAAUAACUGUAAAAAUUGAUGUCACACAAUCUUCAUUCGAAAAAACUGAAAACAAACUGCACGACACAACCGUUCAUCCAUCUUCUCAGUUGGAAGAGGAGGAACGAAUACCAACCCUGUUGUCACAUUCACAAGAAAGCACAAACGAACAUAGCAACAGCGAUCAUUCGACCGAAGGAUCCAAUCAUCUCCAUGGCCAUGGCCAUUACCAAAAUGAAAUGACAGAGGCUUCAGUUCCAAGUUCAAUCAUUACAAAUGAAGAAGAAGAUACCACAAAUACAGAAGAUGAUCUGACACUCAUGGACGAUGAAGAUGAACCUCUUUUACAAGCUCAAUUACAGGCUUUAGAAGUUUUCAAUAUUGACAUUGAUGUCGAAACAAGCACACCAAGCUCUGGAAAAUUUUUAUGUCCAUUAAGCUCAUCGAGUACUAUUUUUGCUCAAAUGGGAAAUGUUUUCAAAGAUGUGGAAAUUGAGAAGAAUGAAGAUUAUGCUCGAUACUUUAGAAAUACCAAUUUCGACAACUAUCAUGACAAUGUCAAGUCCAUUUUGGAAAUCAACAAAAAGAGAAUGAGCAAAAGAGCAAUGAGAAAAGCAGAAGCAUCGGUCAAACUUCAAAAACAAGUUGAGACUUACAGAAAAAAACAAUGGAUUUUCCGAGAAGUUUUUCAAAGUUUAGGUAGCAAGGAAUUUGAAGCCAUGCUCUCACCAGAGAAUUAUGUCGAUGCUGAAGAGUUAGAUGGGUUUGAACAAGUCACAGUGAAUGGUUUAUUUGAAGAAAGCGAAAGAACUCUGAACCCACUCUUUGAAGAAGAAAUGAUUGAAAAGAAUCCUCUGUACGAAGAAGAAUACAGUACAAAUAAUCCAUUAUUCGAUCCAACGGAUGAUAUUAUCACAACAAUUUACAACUUUGACGAGAGUGAAAGAACCUUUGUCGAGAGACUGAAACAAGAUUUGCCACGAAUUGGAGGUUUAAUUUCAAAACUCAAACAAAAUCACAGUAAGGCCUUCACAGGAGAAGCACUCGUGAACUGGAUCAUGGAAAAAGGAUCUGGAAAGUUCUUACGUUUGGAUGCUGUUUGCUUUGCUCAACAAAUGAUGAAUCAAAUGAUUUUUAAAAAUGUUGAAAAAUUCAAUCCAACCUUUGAAGACAGCUCAACAAGCUUGUACAUUUUCUAUGAGGAAUAUGAAAGCAAAAAUACGUUGAAUAUUGAUGAGUCAAAAAUUGGAGAGUUUGAGCCACAAUCUUCAUUUGUUUCAGUGUAUCGAGCAUUGACAGAAUUAGGAAAAGAAAUGAAUUUUCAUUAUGAUCUCAGCGCCAAAUAUGAAUCAAAACCAAUUUUUGAUUAUCAGGCAUUCGCUUUUAGUGAACACUAUGCAAUUUUGAUGGAUGAAGUGAGAAAAUUGCAAAAAGUUGAUCCAAACACCAUUGUAGAUACAAACUUUAGAAAAUGCUUUUUUAUUAACAUUUACAAUAUCAUGGUUCUUCAUGCCUUGAUGCGAUGUGGAAAGCCAACCAAUUUUUUACUCAGAAAACGAUUUUUCCAUCAAAAGAAGUAUUUAAUUGGAAGAUACAAAUUAUCACUCGAUGAGAUUGCUCAUGGAAUUCUUCGUGGAGAAAAGUACAGUAGAAAAACAAGUGGAAAUUUCAAUAACUUGGAACGAGAAAAUCACAUUUCUUCAAAGUUUAAGCAAAAGAUAUUGGGAACUGAAGACAAUUCUGCGAUCAGUGCAUUGAAUAAUUUGAGAAUUCCAGAGUUUGAUCCAAGAAUUCACUUUUGUUUAUAUCGAGCAGAUAUGAGCUCGCCUCGUUUCCAGCUCUUCUCAGUGGAUAAUCUUGAAUAUGAGAUAGAAAAAGCAACUCGAGAAUAUAUUCAAAGGGAAACCAAAGUAGAUGUUGAUUCAAACACCAUUCACUUGUCAAAAUUUUUCCAAUGGUUCAGAGAAGAUUUUGCUUACUCGGAUGAUGAUAUUAUCAAUUUUGUGAGCAAAUACUUGGAUUUUGUUUCCGUUGCAAAGAUUGGCGAAAUGAAAGACAAUAAUGAUCAACCUAUCCAUCUGAACUACCGAUACAACACAUCAUUGAAUAUAGCAACAAAUAUUUCACAGGACGACAACAAGGAAGUCAAUAUUGAACUAGCUCAAGUGAGAACCAAUCCAAAACUUUUACCCUUCUUCAUUUCAUACAGCGAGCGAGAAAAAUCAGAGGAAAAUAUAUUGUUCUGGCUUCGAGUUGAGAAUUAUAAACAAAUUGAAGAUCCAGAGACUCGUUUGGUGGAAGCUCGAAAAAUUUUCGAUGAAUUUUUAAAAUUGAACGGCGAACGAGAGUUGAACAUUAAUCGAAAAUCCGCCCGAGAAGUUGAAACUGAAUUACUUCGUCAUGAAAACAGGCAAUCGGAAGAUCCAAUUCGAACAGAGCUAUUUUAUUCCGUGCAAUUAAUGACUGAACUUUUAAUGAUUGACACUUAUGAACGUUUCUUACGGAGCGAUCUCUAUAGCUCAGUUGUUGAAAUUAUGAAAGAAGAAAUGAAAAAUGUAGAAAUUGACACGCCUCGAAGAUCUCCUUCCAUUACUUUUGGAUCUCGACCUGAAAAUGUCUUUGAAGGCGAGGUCACAUUCAAAGAAUUGCAAUUACGAAGAUCACGACUGACCGAUUUCCAAACAGCUCCUCUCACCAGUCGAACGUCUGGAAGAACACUUGAAUCCCCAGUGGGAACAGCAGUUUCAUCUUCAUUACCAACCUAUUUCACAAGUGGAGUCACUAAUGUAGAGACUCCUGCUAGUGUUGGCACUCCAAGAUCCUAUAAGAGUGAUUUGCUGUAA